CAUGGACAGAUGAUAUUGCAGGCAGGCAAUUUUCUACAUGCUUUAAUACAAGAACCCUCCUAUUAUCUGAUUUGCUCCAGGUCUUGAUAGUGUGAGAUUAUAGAAGUUUGCAGACAUCAUCACUUAACAAAAGUGUUGGUUUUGAGCUGUGUAAACAAAAGAGUGCAGUAGUUUCCACACUGGCAGCCAAUUUAUUUCUCGCUGUGGAAUUGUUUCACACUGGAAACUUAAAAUGCCUCUUCCUGUGCUGUACUUUUCAAGAUGGAUUGCUAAAACAGAUUGUGUAGUAAUGCUAAUACUUACUGAACAGAGAGAAGAGGGAAAUCAAUACAGUUGAGAUGAUGAAUUCACAGUGUUGAUAUACCAUGAUCUUUUCUAAAUAUUCAUGAACUGCCGAUUUUUCAAACUGAAUAGUGUUAAUCAAGACAGGCUAUUUUUUCAAGCAUGGAGGAUUUAAAAUCCUAACAUGGCACGUGGAAUGUUUUAGACAUGAAAGUGCUUCCCUCCAAUGAAGCUGUGGGUGCCCCAUCCCUGGCGGUGCUCAAGGACAGGUUGGACAGGGCCCUGCCCAGCCUGAGCUGCUGGGUGGCAGACCUGCCUGUGACAGAGCAUUGGAACUGGUUGAGUUUUAAGCUCCCUUCCAACCCAAGCUGUUCUGUGAUUCUGUGAUUCCUGAUACUCAGCUCCACCUAAGAAUCCUGCCUGUUAAGAGUUCCCAGCAGCACGUGCUGCAGAGCUGUUAGCAUGGGCCAUGAGACUGCAGUAGUCAGCCUUCAGAGUCACCUUCCAGCUAUGUUGACGGGAGAAUACACAUCCCCAGACACAGUAAUUGUUCCUGUUUUUCUCUUCAGUGGCCAAGAAACCAUACUGGCAUUGGGCACUGGCUGCCAACAGUCAGGAACAUUUUUCAUUCUAGCAGCAGCUUGGAUUUGGAGCUGGAGUUAGAACUGAGAGAAGGAAGGGUGGGUGCAGAUGUUCAUCCAUGGUAUGUGUGGCCUCAUGGCUCUGGCUCUUCAGGAAUGGGUUAUCUAUGGUUUAUGUCACUCCAGCUGGUCUCACAGUGGCUCAGGGUAUGGACAUCACCUUUGUUUCCUCACUCCAACCUAAUUUGUUUAUUCAUAUUCUGUAGAGAUUUGAGAGAAAAGCUGUCUUGAAGCAAGAAAGGCCAAGCUAGGUUGAUGCAUUACCAAACAGAUAAAAGAGUUUGCUUUAUGAAACAGUGGGGGGAUUUUCUGCGUAAGUGCAUAUUUUAUCCUUAUUGCACCUUUCCACGUGACUGCGUGAUUGUGGUGUAACUGAGAAGGUGAUUACCUGAAACCAUUACCUGAAACAGAAUACCUAUUCCUUUUUGAGCUUCUUGGUGUUAUAUUUUUUGUCUCAGAUUUAUAUUUUAAGCAAGAAAAACAAGUUAUCCCAUGAAUGCAGCAGGUGUCAAAACUGGCUGUUGUUUACUGUACUAAACAGUGAUUGUUGUGGUGAGAUGGGGGAGGGCCUCUUUUCCUGGGUAACAGUGAUAGGACUAGAGGUGAUGGCUUCAAGUUGCGCUAGGGAGGUUUAGGUUGGAUAUUAGGAAUUUUGGUAUUUAGGUACUUUGGGGCAGAGCAGUGACUGCCCAUUCCCCAGCACAGCUGCUAAGCUGAGUGAGAUCAGAUUUUCUAGUUGGUGCCAUGCACGUGGCCACCAGAUGUAGUCAGAUCCAGAAGAGAUCACCGUUACAGACCAGUGGAACUUGGUACAACACCCUGUUGUUUUUGUUUAGACUUUACCCAUUGAUGGAAGUCAUGUGACUUCCAGAGACUUUACUGGCAAUUUUUAACCUAGGAGGAAGUGUUGCCUCUGCAUUCAUUGCUAGGAAGGUGUUUAUUUCUGAGGGCUGAUGACAUGAGUUAUAUCAUUUUGUGGAAAAUUAAUACAAAAAAACCUCAGUGAGUGGCCACCUAGGAAACGAAUGUGAUAACACAGUCAAACUGAUUUCAGUCAGUCACACUCACUCUUUUAGGGUUAUUUAUUCCUCCUCAUGAGAGCUAGAGCUGUGUGCAGCCAGGCCCUGCUGCCAGUAUGACCUGUGACAUGGGGGAUGAAGAUGGUCAGGUCCUGCAUUCUUGUCCAGUCUCUUGUGUCUGAUGGAUCGGUGAUGAUGGACUGGUUUGUGGAUAGAGCUUUUAUAGUCUUCAGGAGUUUCUUGGGGCUCGGACUCUGGCUCCUGCAGAAAACAGCUCUUUCCUCAAUGCUCACCUGUGUGAUAGCUGUCUGUCAUGUCCUUGGCCAGCAGCGAAGGUCUUUCUUCUCACCUUCACUCUCUUGUUUCUCCUGGAACUUUCAUACAUGCAGACGUUCCCAUUCAUGCUUCACUAUGACCAGUCUUUGCAUUUCUAUUACAAGUAAUUAAAAUAUCAUGAGGUGGAUAAAAAAAAGUAAUAGACAGCAUGCCUUUGUUCAAUCCCAAACACCUGGGUCUGAAAGCACAUCUCUGUGGCUGAGAGUUUUACUGGAAUUUUGGCCAUUUUUUCCCUUCUGCAGUGAGAAGCUGGAAUGCCAACACUUCAGUACCCUUCUGUGAUUGCAUGCAUAGUGUCUGAGUUCUUGGUAUGGAUCCAGCAGCCUGGAUCCUGCAUUUAGUUUAGUAGUUGUCAAUAAUGGCUGUGGCUGAAUAUCAGAUCUUAUUAAAAGAAAGAUGUAAAAUAGGGCUGUGAAAUGGCAUAUGUUAGCUGACAGCAAAUGCAUUCCUGAUGCUAGGAAGUGUGAAACUUGGCAUGAAGGUUCCAUGCUUUGAUAAAACUACUACAGCAUUGCUGUCAGCUUGGUGAACAUAUUUCAAAGGAGAAGGAUUUUGGGAACUCUCAUGGGAGGGAGACAAAAAACACCACCAUCUCCAUUCAAGCCAACACACUAGAGAAGUAAAGGUCAGCACACACACUCCUAGUCAAGAGCACUUAUCUAUCAUAGCUUGGAUUUACUGGACAGCACAACCUGCAGCACUUACAUUUGCUGUGUGUCAAGGUCAUGAUCACUGUGAGCCAUGAGUACUCACUGGUCAGGAAGUUUAGAGAGAUGAAGCAGAUGAACAGGCCCUGUUUUCUCUGUGGUAAUGGCACCUGAACUAGCUUCAGCUGGCCUGGGUGAGCUGGUAGCUACAGCAGCACCUCGGCUCUGCUCUUGGCUUUGCAUGGGCCAGCAAAACCCCUUUACCUGGGUGCUGACACUGUGGGACCUAUCCUCUGAAACUUGUCUCCUACAGUCUCACCAGUGUUGUGACAGGAUCAUCUCCCCACUGUCUACUCUCUGUCUCCUGCUGCUGCGACAGGGAAAUGGUGGAGUCACUGUCCCUGGAGGUGCUCAAGAACCGUGCGGAUGUGGCACUGAGGGACAUGGUUAGUGGGCAUGGUGGGGAUGGGUUGACGGUUGGAUGAGUGAUCUUAGAGGUCUUUCCCAACUUUAAUGAUUCCAUGAUCCCCACCAAAAGCCAUGACUGAGCACCAUCACCCAUGGAGGGCCACUCCCACAGAGGCACCUGUAGGUGCAGGGGGACCAGCACAGCUCACAUCGGGCACCCUCCCUGUGCCACCUACUUCUGGGGAGGAAGUGGCUGGGGAGGGACGUGCCUGUGUCCAGCAAGGAAGAAAUCUGACUCCCUAGAGCUUGAUUCCAAACGCACAGCAACGCCAACACAACGAGGAAAGAAAACAGCAGAAGGGGAAGAAGCAGAUGUAAGGAGGAAAGGUCUGCUCCUCUGUGACCAAGGCAUUUCAGAGUUACCGUGGACCCCAGCAGCAGCUGAGAUGGCUGCUGCACCGAAAGAAGCAGCAAACACUAUUGCUUUGGAGGAAAUCCACACGGAGGGACCAGAACCCCCAAAAGGGCAGAAGACAUUUACAGUGGAAGAAGCUGUGGAAACCAUUGGGUUUGGGAGGUUCCACAUUGCACUUUUCCUGAUCAUGGGAAGCACUGGGGUGGCCGAAGCCAUGGAGAUCAUGCUGAUAGCUGUUGUAUCCCCUCUCAUCCGAUGUGAGUGGCAGCUUCAAGACUGGCAGGUGGCUCUAGUGACAACAAUGGUGUUUUUUGGCUACAUGGUCUUCAGCAUAGUACUUGGGCUCCUGGCUGACAGGUAUGGCCGCUGGAAGAUUCUGCUGCUCUCCUUCCUCUGGGGAGCCUAUUUCUCCCUGCUGACCUCAUUUGCCCCCUCCUACAUCUGGUUCGUCUUCCUGAGGACCAUGGUGGGAGGUGGUGUGUCAGGCCACGCGCAAGGGCUUAUCAUAAAAACAGAAUUUCUGCCUACCAAGUACCGAGGAUACAUGCUGCCCUUAUCUCAGGUGUUCUGGUUGGCAGGAUCCUUGUUAAUCAUUGGCCUGGCAUCAGUGGUGAACCCAACCAUUGGCUGGCGGUGGCUGAUUAGAAUCGCCUCCAUUCCUGGCAUCAUUCUCAUUGUGGUGUUCAAGUUCAUACCUGAGUCAGCACGUUACAAUGUGUCCACGGGGAAUAAUGCGGCUGCCCUGGCCACGUUGCAGAGGAUAGCCAAGAUGAACCGGGCAGCGAUGCCCGAGGGAGAGUUGCAGGAACCUCCCAAGGAAAGAAGAGGAAGAUUCAAAGAUCUCAUCCACCCCAAAUACCUAAGAACCACUCUGCAGAUAUGGAUCAUAUGGCUUGGCAUAGCUUUUGCUUACUAUGGAGUCAUCUUGGCCAGUGCUGAGUUGCUGGAGCGGGACCUGGGCUGCACCUCGAGGACACCACCGAGUGAGAACCCCGGCCCUGUCUCAGAGGAGAGCCACAGCCCCUGCUACUGCCGCCCCUUUGGCCCUUCUGCCUACAGGACCAUGAUCAUCAGCACUGCGGGGGAGAUCGCAUUAAAUCCCCUGAACAUUCUUGGCAUCAACUUCCUCGGCCGACGCCUGAGCCUGUGCAUCACCAUGGGAUGCACGGCACUGUUCUUCCUUCUCCUCAACAUCUGCACAUCCAGUGCAGGCAUGACUGGUUUUCUCUUCAUGCUGCGCGCCUUGGUUUCAGCAAACUUCAACACCAUCUACAUUUACACUGCAGAGGUUUAUCCCACCACUAUGCGAGCCCUGGGGAUGGGAACCAGUGGGUCACUGUGCCGAGUUGGAGCUAUGGUGGCACCAUUCAUAUCACAAGUUCUUAUGAGUGCAUCUUUCCUUGGGGCCCUGUGUCUUUUCUCAUCUGUGUGUGUUGUGUGUGCGAUUUCUGCCUUCACUCUGCCCAUCGAGACCAAGGGCAGGGCACUGCAGAACGUGACUUCUGAUAAUGAACGUAACGAUGCCACUAGGACCAUGUCAACUAUGCUACUGACUAAUGGAAAAUGGAAAGAAGUGAAGUACAUACUGUAGGAGGAACUGGAUCUUGAAAAGCAAGACUCAUUUCAUGACAGUAGAGUGUUAAAACUUUUCACUGGACCUCAUGGAAUUCAACCAAAGCAUUACUAAGAGUUGUACUUCGUAACUACAGAGAGACUGAAGGAUUCAUUAGCAGACAAAUAAUACUGGCCAAAGAGAAGGAAAAGUAUUAUAUAGCAGAAACUGUAUUUUCACUUUACAAGCUUGAUUGCAAGAUAUUCCUACUCUAUGCAGAUAACCUUGGACAAGACUUUUUUGAGCUGUUCCUGAUUUUAUCAGUUACAGUCUAGGAAAACUCUAUAGAUUUAAUUGACAGCAGAAGAAGCAGAAGACCAAACUAGUUCUGGAAGCUGACUACAUUCACUGAUUCUCAUUCAGUUUGUGAACCUCUGUAAGUUUUGGGAAAGCUAUGAAUAGUAAAGAUUUCUGGAGAACUUGCACCCUUGCAGAUAACCACAAGAGGGCUGAGUUGUACUUCACAUAGUAGACACAAUUCAGCAGUAACCAUUUAUGGGAACCAACUGCAUGCAUUUACUCGGAGAUAUAAGAUCUUUACAAAUGAAAAAUAGUUUCUGCAGCAGCUUUCCGUGCAUUUUGAUAGUAAAGCAGAAGACUUUCAAAGUUAAAAAACCAAACCUGUCUUACUGGUUCUUACUUAAGAGUAAUUCAAAGAUUUCUAUCAUCUGCUAGUUUUAACAUAUGGUAAUGAAUAAUGGGUGUUUCCUUUCAAAGAGACUUUUGCCUUCUACCAGUUCAGCUUAACAGAGCUAUAUACAUGAUAAUGACGUCUCUGUGCAAGAACCAGCAUCAAAGGUAUGAUGUGACACAGACAAAAUUAGAUAAAAGCCAUGACCUAAAGAUCUUACAAUACAGGAAAGGCAGAAGAUGGAGGAAAGGCGUUCAAAUAUCCAAGAGUAGGGGAAAGUAUGGACUAGGGUGAAGGAAAGAAAAGAUGCAGUGACCUCGUGAAUCUAUAGGGAAAAGUGUUCUAUCUACCUGAAGCAAGAACAAAAAGCAAUCAUGAAAGAAAUAGGUUGAGACCGCUGAUAUAAUAAUAAUGGAUUUUUUUGUGUAUUUGAAGGAACUAAUGCUUAGAGACCAAAGUCUGUGAACUAGACCAUUGCAGCAGCAAAAAUAAAACAAACCAAAAAAAUCGUGAAGAUGAGAACAAAAACUUGAUACAUCUGAAGCCAGGAGGAAAUUUAAGCUAACUAUGGUUCUGAAGUCCAGGAACAUAGUGCACUUGCAUUAAUAUGCACCUUUACAAAACUGAACGCUUCUCAGAAAAGUUGUUUUUGGCUCUCUUGUCCCCUGGACAUCAUCUUCUCAGUUUCCAUUGAAUGAUCCAGUGAAAAUGAGAACUUAUAAAGACUUAUUUCUGAAGGUUUUAUUUUAAUAGAAGCAAACUCUUGUGAGUAUGUAGUUAUCUAUCUACAUCCUUACAGAUUUUUUUCCUCCUUUCAGAGAGGCACAAAUGUUUAUUAGCUUAAGUACAUACUGUAACUUUCCCGAGUUUUGCUUACAGCACAAAGCUGUAAUAUAACAUCAUUUUAUUUAAAGAAAAAGCCCUAUAAUUUGAAGUUUCACAAGGUAAGACAAACAUUUUCAUGUGCCAAAUUUAGAGACAUUUAAAAGAUACGCUUACAGAAAUAUGCUUGUUCAGAACAGCACAUAAGCAGAGAUGAUCAGUAUACAAAUCUAAGUUGUUAUCCAAAUGUUUUAUUCCAGCAAACUGUGCAGAUAUUUAAUAAGAAAACCUAAUAUUUACAUAAAAGCAUUAAACAA